AUGUCAGCAACACGUAAAAAUUCACAACGCAAAGCUUCAUCAACACCUCCAAAAACUCCACAAAUCACCACAUCGGCUGUAAUGAAACUCGAUGAGCAAAGAAUCUCCAUCAUUCAAGAGCUGACAACUGUAAUUAAGAGCUCUGAGGAAAGAGUCAUGCAGAAAAUUGAUUUUAUUGAAAAUCUUAGCCUCAGCUUUAGUGAUAUUGUAAUAGCUGGAGAUUUUAACAGUGAUUUGCUGACUGAAAACAAAUUUUCACUUGCAAUGCAAAAUCUGGGUCUUUUCCCAGUAAACACGUCAACCCCUACACAUUACACCCAAACAAGCAGCACGCUCUUGGACAUAUUUUUUUUAGCUUGUAAUACGGUUUCUUAUUCAUAUCGAGAUUUUAUGCAUAUUAAUUAUGAGCAACUUGAAGAAGCUGUUGAUGCCAUACCCUGGGAGUAUGUUUACACUUUGGUAUCCACAAACGAGCAGUAUGUGCCGCUUGUAACAAAAUCAGGCAAUAUUCGCAAACGGCCUUGGUUCAACAACUAUAUAAAGGGUCUUAUUCAGAAGCGCAACAAGGCAUAUAGAAAGUGGAAACACCUGAAAUGUGCAGCAACAUAUAAUGUCUUCAAGGGUCAUAGAAGAGAAGCCACCAGAGCCAUUAAAUUGCAAAAACUGAAAUACUAUGAGCAUCAGUUUAGCACAGCAAUAAGUUCUAAAAAAACAUGGAAAUAUAUUCGUGAAAUAGGGAUUGGCAACAAAAGUAAUCAUGUUUCAGAGAAUAUAAACGUAGAUGAGCUGAAUGAGAAAUUUGUACAAUUAUCCGCCUGUAGCAGUAAUAUAUGUCGUGAAAAGUACAGUUGUAAUGCCGUGGACGACGAUAAUAUGGUCCAAUGUGACACGUGUGAUGGAUGGUUCCAUUUUACCUGUGUCGGAGUCGAUAGCUGCAUAGCUGAAGUAAGUUGGAGCUGUGACGCUUGUGAACACAGUGCAUCGGCAAGACUUACAAGACCCAUCUCUUCAUCAUCGCCUACGACCAAUAUUGGAGGAACAACAGUAGAUCGUCGCGUACAUUUUUCAGUGAUCGAACCGACUGCAUCAGUGAUCGCAACUGCUAAUCUACAUGGUAACCAGAUAUUUAUCGAAGCGCAUGCAAGGACACCUGGGCAGACUACUCAAUGUGUACGAAGACCAAUUCCGGUCGUACAGAGUACUUCAACGGUUUCGCAAACUUUUCCCGGUACAGCAGCGUUCACCAAUCCAAUGAAUUUCGUAUCAUUACCAAUCUCCGAGAAUCCGAAGACGCCAAGCGUAAUAAAUACGCAUCACAAUGUAUAUGCGCUGGGAGGCGUUGAGUCAAUGCUAAAUGCAACUGGCCAAAAUCAUAGUUCACCAGUAAGUCAACGAAAUCUGCAGCUUGAGCGACUAGAGGAGGUGUUCAAGAUCCAGCAACAGUACCUGGAAAAUAAAUAUAAAAUUUUAUCGCAAUCUUCGGAAUCUAUCUCGUCGAACACCUUUAGUUUACUCAACAAUGGGCCAACAGCUACGCAACUAGCAGCAAGGCAAUCUAUACCAAAACAACUGCCUAUGUUCAGCGGCGAUCCUGAGGAGUGGCCGCUAUUUAUCAGCACAUUUGAAAAUAGCACUGCAGUAGCUGGAUACUCAGACGCGGAGAACCUCAUUCGUUUGCAAGCUUGUCUCAAAGGUAAGGCUCGUGACAUAGUGAAAAAUAAAUUAUUUUUGCCAUCUAUGGUUGCCGACAUAAUCCAAACGCUAAAGAUGUGUUUCGGUAGACCUGAGCAGAUUCUUGAACGUGCAAUGAAUAGGGCUCGCGCAAUGCCUCCUAUUAAAGAUAAAUUAGAAUCACUGAUAGAUUUCGCCUUAUGCGUGAAGAAUAUUUGUACAACUAUGGAAGGAUGUCAGAUGUAUGCACAUUUACACAACCCACUUCUCGUCAAAGAAUUAGUCGACAAACUUCCGAAUAAUCAAAAACUCAACUGGGCGAUGACUCCUAAAGACAAUGCAAUCCCUGCUGUUAAAUUAUUCAGCGACUGGCUUUACAAACUUGCUGAAGCUGCUAGCAUGGUCGUAUCUUUUACGCCAACCAGAGGUAGUUCAGUAAUGAACACUCACACCGUUGCGUCGCAGGACGAAGUACACCAGGUUGAUAGAACCCUUUUCAAGAACAAAUUGUGUUGCUGUUGCAAAGGUUCCGAUCAUAAUGUAUCGCAAUGUAGCGUUUUUAAAAAUCUCCCAUUAAAUCGUCGGUGGGACACUGUAAAAUCAAACAGUCUUUGCCGACAGUGCCUGGGUACACAUAAGCGCAGGUGUUUUGUGGAAAAGGUGUGCGGUAUAGACGGCUGUACUAUAAAGCACCACAAGUUACUUCAUAAGACAAACGUCUCGUUAAUCUCGAACCGACAAGCUACGAAGUCUGAUAUGCUCCCGCAAUCGGACGCCCAAGUAAACACCCAUAGCCACAGCGCUGUCGGGAAACAACCAUAUUUUAGGAUCGUCCCAAUUUUUAUACAUGCAAACGGGAAAAUGGUAAAAGUUUUCGCCUUUUUAGAUGAAGGUUCAGCAGUAACAUUAAUCGAUAAGAAUUUAUUUGAUGAACUUGGCCUUAAAGGUACACAUGAUCCUAUAUGUCUACGGUGGACUGGUAACACGACACGCUCCGAAAAUGAAUCAGUGCGAGCAACAAUCAAGAUCUCGAAUGCUACCAAUAGGCGUACAUAUAAAUUGAAUGGUGUGCAUACUGUCAACGCCCUCGACUUACCUGAGCAGUCGAUCGAUGCUGAAACAAUAGCUAAAAAAUAUCCGCACUUGAACGGUUUGCCAAUCGAAUCUUAUAAUAAAGUGAAACCAUCGUUACUCAUUGGCGCUGACAACUGGAAAUUAGCUGUUCCUUUAAAAGUAAAAGAGGGAGCGUGGAUGCAGCCAAUCGCUUCGAAAACGCGUCUAGGCUGGACAGUUCAAGGCGGUCAGAACGAUCACAUUUUUGACUUCCGACUCAACGUUCACUAUUGUGACUGCCAGAAGGGCUACCUAGAAUUACAUGAGAGAGUAAAGGAGUUCUUCAGAUUGGAGUCACCGGACGCAUCAAAUUUGUUAUCUGCAGAAGAUCAAACGGCCGUAGACUUAAUGAAUGCCACAUGUCGCAAGGUUGAUGGUUUUUACGAGAUUGGUUUGCCAUGGCGAGAUCUAAAUGUAUCUUUACCAGACAGUUACUCAAACGCGCUUAACCGAGCCAUAUGUCUCAAGAGGAAGUGUGCUCGAGAUCCAAAUUUGAGAGCAGAAAUUCAGCAGCAAAUUAACAAUCUAGUAUCAAAAGGUUAUGCUGAAAAACUAAGCACACCUGAACUUCACAUAGAAAGGGAAAAAGUAUGGUAUCUUCCCAUAUUCGUAGUAACGAACCCAAAUAAACCGGGAAAGGAACGUUUAGUUUGGGACGCUGCAGCGAAGGCCGAAGGGGUAUCGCUAAACGACUUCCUGCUUACUGGUCCAGAUAUGCUCAAUUCACUGUUCGAGAUAUUGUUGGCGUUUAGAGUAGGUAAAGUAGCCAUAUGCGGUGACAUCUCCGAGAUGUUUCACCGUAUCAAAGUCAGAGAAAGCGACCGACAUGCUCAGCGAUUUUUAUGGUGGGACAACGAUGAAGAAUCAAAACAACCGAACAUUUACGUCAUGCGAGCAUUGACGUUCGGAACGAGCUGCGCUCCUUACAUUGCGCAUUUUGUGCGCGAUAAAAAUGCGAGCUGUUUUGAAGAAGAUUUUCCACGAGCGGUAGAAGCGAUCCAAAAACAUCACUAUGUGGAUGAUUUUAUAGAUAGUGAAAACAGCGAGCAAGCAGCUUUAGAAUUAGCUCUGCAAGUUAAGCAAAUUCAUGCAUCUGCCGGUUUUAACAUACAUAGCUGGACCUCCAACUCCAAGUUCGUCCUCGAACAACUACGUGGAGAUGCGGCAGAAAUUCAAGGCCCGAAAGAGUGGGGAUCUGCGGCAAAAAUAUUAGGUAUGUUUUGGGAUUCAGCUAACGAUUCGUUUAGAUAUAUUUGCAGAUUUAUGCGAUUACGCCGAGAUGUCGUAAACAACUCGAUCGUACCGACAAAAAGAGAGAUACUUCAAGUACUCAUGUCAAUUUUUGACCCGCUCGGACUUAUAAGUUGCUUCACUAUAGGGCUUAAAAUCCUUCUCCAAGAUAUUUGGCGAUCUGAUAUUGGAUGGGAUGAACCCCUAAGCAUAGAUUUAUAUGAAAAAUGGUGCCAUUGGAAGUCAAAUAUUGAAGUUAUAAAGACAGCGAAAAUUCCUCGCUGCUAUUCAGAGUUUUUACAACAUGCGAAGGAGGUUCAACUUCACAUGUUUGUGGAUGCUGGCGAAAACGCAUAUUCAGCUGUGUGCUAUUUGCGUGUUGAGCAUACUAAUGGCAUCUCCGUUGCACUCGUUGCCGCGAAAUCAAAGGUUUCGCCUCUAAAGCCAUUGUCUAUACCUAGACUAGAGCUUCAGGCCGCGCUCGUAGGAGUAAGACUAGCAGGUGCAGUACUUAAUGUUCAACGCAUACCCAUAACAAAACACUAUUUUUGGACGGACUCGAAGACGGUUCUAAGGUGGUUGCGAAUGGACCCGAAGAACUUCAAACCGUAUGUUAUGCAUCGAGUCGGAGAAAUUUUAGAGUCCACAAACGUAUCCCAAUGGGAUUGGGUACCUUCGAAAGAGAACCCGGCCGACUUAGCCACGAAAAGUUCAGUUCGGCUUAACUACAAGAUGUGGUUCUCUGGUCCACAGUUUUUACUAUCUCAAUCGAAUGAGUGGCCUCAUUGCGAAGAGUUCAAAGGCGACGAAAUCGACCAAGUCGAACUAAAACGUUACGUGCUGCAAAUAGACAGGGUAAUUCAAAAAAGUUUAUCGCUGGACACAGAAUAUUUCUCGGAUUGGAAACGCUUAUAUAGAGCAGUUGCGACGUUCUUGCUUGUUUUAUUCACCUGUCUAACACUGCGCGCUAUUCAUAUGGAAAUUGCGCACAGCCUGGAUACAAGUUCUUGCGUUAUGUCGAUCAGAAAUUUUGUAGCUCGCCGUGGCUACCCCCGACAAAUCUUCACCGAUAACGGCACGAAUUUCAAAGCUGCGAAAAAGAUCAUAUGCGCGGAGAUGAAAGAGGUAGAUUUUUCACUACUUAUGUCAACAUUCGACCAGAUCAGCUGGAAGUUCAUUCCGCCAGCAGCGCCUCAUAUGGGAGGGGCUUGGGAACGGCUCGUGCGGUCUGUCAAAUCUGUUUUGUACAAUAUUAUGCCGUAUGCAAACUUCAACGACGAAAGCCUCAAAAGUAGCUUAUGCGAAGUAGAAUACAUCAUAAAUGCACGCCCCUUAACUUUCGUUUCACUCGAAUCAGACGACGACGAUGCUAUUACGCCAAAUCACCUUCUGCUGGGUUCGCCGGAUGGCUUCAAACCCGUGUGUACCGACGAAUUAGACCUAAGAAAACGUUGGUACCAGACCCAAAAGUUCGCUGACAUAUUCUGGCACAGAUGGGUUAAGGAGUACGUACCCAUCAUCUCUAGACGUAGCAAAUGGUUUAAUAAGGUACCGCCGAUACGUGUUGGAGAUAUUGUCGUCAUAGUCGACGAAAAUUUGCCAAGGAAUUGCUGACCGAGAGGUAAGGUGAUUCGUAUUGUGACAGCCAAAGACGGACAGGUGCGCAGCGCGGAAGUGAAAACUACUUCAGGAAUACUACACCGCCCAGCUACCAAGAUCGCAGUGUUAGACGUCGGCUCUUCUGGGAGUAAACUCGUCAAGCCGGACUCAUUUACGGGCCAGGGGAUAUUGCCGCCGAUAAGUAAAGCUGAGUAGUGUAGUUCCUAUGUUAUUAUGUUACUUAUGUAUUAAAUUAGCAUUUCUGCUGUGCUUAAAAGUAAUCUCUUUUCUGUUUUGUACUGUUAUAUAUAUGUAAGUUACGGACGUUAGGUCCGUAUAAGUCAAAAAAAUAAUUUAGUUGGGCCAACGCGCCCAACAGUUCUAACUACAAGUUACAAAUUUACAACACAAAUUUUGGAAUCAAACACAGUUUAUUCUAUUUACACAAUUACAAUUAGAAUUCUUAAUCUAAACCGUAGCGUUACCGUCCCGAACUCGACUGCCCGCUUUGUGUCCGCUGCUUCCCUUUAUA